AUGGGUAUUGCUCCACCUCGUUGUUGGCAAGAAACGUCUCCGAUGCUCCAGGGAGGUGGAGAUACCGCUGCGAAUCGUCGGUCUAGACUCCGUGGCAUCCUAGCUAGGCUGAACAUGAGAUCUAGACGCGGCGUACGUCCCCGAUCAGCGACUGCGGUUGAUUUGCAGAAUGAGCUCCCCAUCAUAGCCGCGCUGCUUUUCGUUUCUGGUCUGUCCGUCCUCCUUCACUGCCUCAUACCGCGUUCGGCGUCGACGAUGUAUCAACAACCAUCGAAUGGGCCUCCGUCAAGAGGACUCCGUUUAGCACAGCAGCGUCGGUUUUUCUUCCUGAACCGUAACCCGCGUGCGGUUCAAAAUGGUGGCAAUGGCGGCCACGAUAGCCAUCAGCAGGCUGCCGUCGGGGAGGUGAGGAUACCAAGACAGCCUCCGACGACGGCCGCGGUCCAGGGUAGAGACGGCCUCCAAGGCGGCUCAGUCAGACCUCACUUGCAUCAGGAUUCUUCAACAACGAGACCCCAAGAGAACCCCCAGAACACCACACCCAUGCAAGAACAGAACGUUGAGCUGGAUGCCUACCUCUCCGAAAACUUCAGUACCCUGCAGCAGUUUCUCUCCGACACCACGGAUCGACUUGAUCGUUUGUCUGCCAGAGAUGAGGCUUUCUACAAAUCAUUCGAGUCAACCUUAGGAGUCCUCACAGAGCGCGUUGAGAAGUUGGGCGUCAAAGUGGAGGGCUUCUACAAAUUAAUCGAGUCGUUUCAGGCGUUUCCUGCGCCAGAACACUUGGACGCGGACGGUGUGGAUCUAGGAGACAUGACCAAUCUUGUCAACUUUUAGUUACUUGUACUUUACACAGGACACACACUCUGUUGAGUUAUUGAGAGCGGUGAUCUUUGUCGUGCGAUCGCACGACCAAAUGGGGACGCGAGCGGGAAGUGAUAGAGGGAUAUAGGGGCGAGAUUUAGUCUGUUGAGUGUAUAGCAUCGUCCGGGCACAAGGCGAAGAGAAUGAACGCAGCGAAUGUGCUGGCAUUGGGCCUCAUAGGUGCCGUAGACACAAGAUGUUGCUAAUCUUCGAUGGCCUUGGUAUGAGGUCUCCAAUAGUUCCAUCUCGCAACUGAACACGGAGUGGACCUGCAUCGUAUUGUCUUCCUAUGGCUCGGCGGUCCCGACUUAUCACGUGUGUUGUAGAGCGAUCGACCUGUAUAAGUAGGACCUGACCAGCUGCAA